AUGAAGUCAAUUUUGAAAUAUUCAGUGUUAUUAUUUUGCUUUGCAUCCCUAUAUGGUGUAAAGUUCAGAUGUGAUUAUAGGUUCACUUCUUUGGGAUGGUUCAAAUACCAGGAGAUACCUGCAACAUGGUACGAUGCUCGUUUGCAAUGCCAACUUGAAGGUGGUAUCCUAGCCUCUCCUACUACAGCCGGAAUAAAAUCCAUUAUGUUGGAAUCAUUUUGCGAACCCGAGAUCUUUACUGGAAUUCACGCUACAUUCUCCAAAGGACAAUAUUAUUCUAUUAAUGGUAUACCUUUUACGCAAAUCCCUCACGAAUGGGCUCCAUUCGAACCAGAUAAUAAAAAUAAUGCUUGA